CCAAAAAGAUCAACUUGCUCUGCAGUUUUCCCGUGAUUUUCCGUGAUUCUUUCCUCGUGUAAGGGGGUUUUGGCGAGCCCUCCCCAGUGCUCCCGAGCCCGAAAAGCGUUAGUGUCAGUGAGGUGGUGUUUUCCCGUAAGGUGGGAUUUCGUGAUAUUGGAUUGAUGUGCGGGAAAGUUUCACGGGCUGAGCGGGGGGGGUCCGCGAGCGUCGUCUACGUCUACGUCGUAUCCUAGUGCACCUGGGUCGUUACGUCACGUGCCCAAGCUUUUCUGCCUACCUGCAACAGAUUCGAGGAUUCAAGGAUUCCAGAAUGGAGCUGCGAUUGCAUUCCCCAGCCGGAGCGGAGCCCAUCGUCUACCAGUGGCCCCUCACCUCGGGAUCAGGAUCCGGCCGAGUUUAUCAGAAAAAAAAUACUCGUUCAUUUGAAAGUUUCGGUCGUCAAAAGGAUCGUCACGAUGGCGCCUUGGACGUGGUGGAGACGAUGCGAUGGGUUUGUGAAGACUUACCUGACCUAAAACUGCCGUUAGAAAAUAAUAUUCUUUGCAACUAUGACACUCGUGAUUACGAAAGUAUGAAGAGCUUGUGUGAUAGAUUUAAUAGGGCUAUUGACAGUUUAGUUCAAUUGGAAAAGGGUACCAGUUUACCUUCUCAGCGGUUAAAUAAAAGGCCCAGUAGGGGCUUGCUUCGUCACAUACUUCAGCAAACGUACAAUCAAGCUGUGCUCGAACCAGACAAAUUAAAUAAUUACGAGCCAUUUUCUCCCGAAGUCUACGGAGAAACGAGUUACGAGUUGGUUUGCCAGAUGAUCGACCAAAUCGACGUCACCGAAGACGAUGUUUUCGUCGAUCUUGGUUCCGGAGUCGGACAAGUCGUUCUCCAAAUGGCUGCGGCUACUUUUUGUAAAAUAUGCAUUGGUGUUGAGAGGGCUGAUGUGCCUUCAAAAUACGCUCAGAGCAUGGAAGCUAAUUUUCGGAAGUGGCUCAACUGGUACGGGAAGCGAUGCGGAGAGUAUCGUUUAAUGAAGGGUGAUUUUUUAGCCGAUGAACAUCGAGAGAGUAUUACCGGAGCCACAAUCGUGUUUGUAAAUAAUUUUGCGUUCGGUCCAAAUGUAGAUCAUCAGUUGAAAGAAAGAUUUGCCGACUUGCGAGAUGGUGCACGCAUCGUUUCGUCCAAGUCCUUCUGUCCCUUGAACUUCAGGAUAACCGACAGAAAUCUCAGCGAUAUAGGAACGAUAAUGCAUGUAUCCGAAAUGUCUCCGCUGAAAGGGUCAGUUUCCUGGACAGGCAAACCUGUUUCUUACUAUCUGCACGUGAUUGACCGAACGAAGCUCGAGCGCUACUUUCAUCGCUUGAAGAAUAACAAGCAGGGGGCGCUAGAUGCUGAAAAUAAUGAUUCUGUGAUAAAUAUCACUGCCAGCCAUAGUAGUAGGACUUCUACUCGAAGUGAAAGAGGUGAUAGGGCGAAAAGGGAUUUAUCAAGACAGUUGGAUAACAGUCCCAAUAAUUCCGAGCAGCAAGGCACCAAUAGUGAUUCCGAUGCGGACGACGGAUCCAUGAAAACACGUCGCCAACCGAACAAAUUACGUAGGAAAUUGAGUCGUAAAGCAGCAGCAGCAAAUGGAAUCACGAGACCAAAUACACGAGGUAGGCAAAAAGGAGCUCGUGGUGCUGCUGUCAAGAAAACUAAGCCGAAAAAGACGAUAAACAUCUCCGGACUUGACCUUCUUCAUAGUCAAACUCUUCUCAGUACAUCUCCGCAGGCCACGGGCAAAAAGCCACCUCCUGCUCCAGGUUGCGUUGACCAGCAGCUUUCUUCUAUUUCAAUUUCUCUCCAGACGAGUGCUAAUGCCGUGCACGAGGAACUCAGCAUUCCCGCGGCUCCAUCGGCAACUCCUUAUGCCCUGCAGAUUCUCCUUGACUUGUACAGGGACCAAUUUAUGGCGAUGCUUGACUCGAUGAGAACACCUACCUAUCGUGUAUCAGUGAACGCAGACAUCGCCAAAGAAAGAGAACGAAACUCGAAGCUUCAAUCAAGAGCAGCCCAGCUGGAGAAGCAGAUAAAGGUUUUAAUCGACGACAGUGUCGCUUUAUUAAAAGCUAGGAUGACCGAGCUAGGCAUCAAUGCCACUUCGCCCGGAGACCUUCUCGCCAAGGCCAAGGAAAUCGUACUCAGACACAAGCAGCUGCAAAACAAAGCCAGCAAACUUCAGGCCCAAGUCUCUAAUAUUGAAACAGAACAGGCGAAAGUCACUGCUCAACGUUAUCAAGAAUUGCAGGAGAAGUUCAGCAACGGGACUAGCAGCCCUUCCGCUCCUCCUCAACCUGUUACUCAAGACCACAUUCUAAAAGAAAUUUGCACCACUAUGUCCCAGAGAAAGAAACUUCACUCUCAAGUAUCAAAGUUGGAGCAGGAGUUGAACGUUUUGGAGAAAACGAGCUCAGACAAACAAUCAGCAUCGAUGGCUCAACAGCAAAGAGAUGCUGCAAAUGCCAAGCAUUUACAGAAUCAGUACAAUCAACAGCAGAAUGGGAAAAAUCCUCCUUCCCGAAAGAGCAGAGAUAGUCGUUCCAGAUCUCAAGACUGGCCCGAUGUUCCCGACAUCGGGAAAAUUCAGGAGAAUAAUCCUGAGAUUCUCGCGCAAAAGAUUCUCGAAACUGGAAGGCAGAUCGAGGCAGGAAGAAUGAUGAGCAAGCCAAGUACGAAUGCGGUUAAUAGCAAUAUUAAUAAUACGAGAGCCAGGUUGCCUCAAGCUACUCUCAGCUUUUCCUGUCCUUCUUCGUCGGCACCGACGCAGACGAGUAGUAAAGAGUCGACUAGUAGAAUCCAGGAACCACCGAGAGUCGCCAACUUCGAGGACAGGCUCAAGAGCAUCAUCACGAGUGUUUUGAACGAAGACCAGCAAAAUCGAAAUAAACAACAGCAGCAAAUUCAAAUGCAGCAGCUUCAACAGCAACACCAAGGAGAGCCGGAAAGGAAACGAAUGGCUUUGACACCGAAUGUUCCUGCUCCAGAUUAUACCCAGUUUGUUGACAUGGCGUUUCAGGUUUCACCUGCCAAAUUGGCUCUUCGCCGUCACCUUUCGCAGGAGCGCUUGACUCACAUGCCCCCAUCGGAGAGGUCAACGGUCGAUUCUAGACAGUCAAGUCACGACAGUCGAAUGGGUCCUGGAGGUGCUGGAUUGUUGGGUACGAGGACAAUCGGGGACUUAGUUAGUGGAGAAAUUGAGAGGACAUUGGAGAUUUCCAAUCAGACUAUAAUUAAUGCAGCUGUUGAUAUGAGCGUGAUGAUGAGACCGGAAGCUGUUUACUCGCCGAUUAGCAGACCUGCGAGUGCAGAAGGUGAUACCGGAUUGGCAACUUUGGCACAUGUGGCUAGUUAUGCACCUACUUCAACCUCGGGUUCGACUUCAACACCCACGACAACUUCUCGGUCUUCCGUGUUGUUCACUCCUACUACUCAACCACAAAGGUAUACGCCGGUGCAACUUCCACGAGCUGAUAUCAAGCCUUACCAUGAAUCGUACUUUUCUGAUAAUCCCACUCCACCCCACACGCAAUCACAUCCUAGUUCUUCUAUGCACUCGAAUCAGUCGUCUUCAAAUGGAGAUGGUUUACCCGUAGAAGGUCUUGCUGCUUCCCUACAUGCGAGAAUAAUCAACAAUCAAAAUAGCAGUAUGAAAAACGACCAGAAUUCUCCACAUAAUCGAAGGUACCAUCCAUACCCUGGUUACCCUAGUAGUAGCAACCAUAACAUCCCAACGACUUCCUAUUCACAACCGUCAACAACAGUAAAAUCUGAAACAGCGAUUUCAUCGGUCAGCACCAGUGGGGCACCUUUGAGUCCUCUUGUGGAACCACAUUCAAAUACUUCAACGCCUUUAGUCGAUGAACCCCACAUGAGCCAAAGACAACGAAAUGGGACCGGCGACGAUGAUGGUGAAGCGGAUUGGCAGGACCGAAUCAGCUCAGGGUUCGAUCGUCUCGUCGCUUUUGCGUCGACCGAAUUGGACAAGAGGAGGAGAUCUACCGAGGGAGUGAAUACAAGUCCAGAUAGUGGGUUGGGUUCCGAUAGUGUGGUUUUAGGACCACCGCCUGUGGUACCUUCGCCAGACGAAGCUCUCGGACCUCCACGAACUCCUUCUCCUCACAGUCCUCAUGGACCCAAUUCCGUCAACGGAAGCAGUAUGAACGGACCCACCGUCCCCCUAAAAUACCAGCGACAACCAGAUCCCGAAAGACAUCACUUCAAGAAGAAGUUUUUCCACCGGGACUGGAAUAAUGCUGGAAGCACCAGCAAAUUUCGCCCCAAGGGCAAAGACUGGGACUGGAAUCAGUCGGGACAGUGGCCUCCUCCCGAUGAACAACCGUAACCGAUAAACUGACCACAGAAACAGUAAAGUGUUCCGGGAACACUAGAAUUAGUCAAACUUAAGAAUAGGGUUCGAAAGUUGUAAUAAUUUGACGUGAAGGUUAAAAAUCCUUCGAUAACUAAAAACAUUUGUCACCUUAUUGCUCAGUACCACCUUUUUAAAAUAAUUUAAAAUGCAUGUGGAUCACAUGGUUUGAAUUUUUUAUAUCUACUAUUGUAUAUUAAGUUUAAUAUUUAUUGAUAACCUACACUUGUUGAUGUUGAAUUUAAUAUUUUUUUGAGGCAGGUACUUAACAGUUUUUUUUAGUUAUUAGAGUAACUGACUUUUGUUUGUUUCUAUUUUGUAUCUUCUAUUUGAGUUAGUUUGGAACACUGAUUUUUUAUUAAUCUUUUUAUAGCUACUUCUAAUUAUUAAUUUUUAAGUAAUACGCUGGAUUAUUUAAUGAGAUUUUAACUUUUUACUUUAUCAAACUUUAAUUUACAAGUUAAACCUUUUUAGAUUCUUAUUUAAAGCAGCUGUUAUCAACUUUUUUUUUAGGAAAGACUCAAAGUUAUUGAGAAUGAAAGACAAAAUUUUCAAUCUUGACUUCUUUGUGUAUAUAUUAUUUUCUACACUUUAAAUAUAUUAAUAUAUUAAUUACCAUUGACAAUAAAAUAACCCAAAACUGUAGCUAGUGAAACUGUAAAUACAUAAAAAGUUAAAUUUCCUGCGAUUAAAUACAAAAUUUUGAAGAAUCUUCAUGAUCUUUAUUAUAUUUCAUAAAAUGAUGUCUUUUAAUCUGGGGAUAAGAUGACAACGGACUCAAUAUCUAGGAUAGGUAUUGCAAUUUUUUUUUUAUAAUUUUGAACGCAAUUGAUAAAAGUACAUUUUCGAACCCUAUUCAAGUAGCAGUUUUUUUUCUUUCAAUUAAAAUUUAAUUAACGCCGUGCUUAAAUCUACCCUCUUGUAUACUUGUAUAAUAUUAUUAAUAGUGUUCUUCGAUUUAAGCACGGCCUUAAGAUUAAGACGGGACUGUAUCUUGACGUGCACCAUAUAGUUCAAAUUUCUUGAAUUUUAUAUGCAAACAAACACUCACAUUCAUCAACAAUACUACAUAGAAUCAUUGAGAGCACUGAUAGAUGAAGACCAUAACGCAAAGCUGCAUAUUUUUGUUGUAAAUGAGAGGUAGAACCCAUAAGUCGUACUGAUUAAACUUAGGUCUUAGGUUUAGUUUAACGGAUCAGUCGAUACGGAUUGAAUGAACAGCAAAAUUAAAUUUGGAAGUUAUGAUUUUUAGGUGGAAAUCAAUUUCCAAAUUAAAUUCGUUUUGAGACUAACUUCAUGUGUUCAAGUCUAACCGAUAACGAGUAUUCUUAGGUGUACUUUUAGUAAAUUAAUUUUUUUCUUCCCCAAGAGAACACCACGACUCACAGUGGUGCAAAUCUCGAAUUUAUUAUUCAAACAGCUUUCAAUUUAUAUUCAAUUUAAACGUUUUUUUUUUUAGGGUCAGAGAGCAUUCUUGUCUUUAGCCUAUUUUUUAUAAUGUCACAAAAUAGUGCAUUUUAUUUGAUUUUUAUUUAGUUUUUUUUUUUUUCUUAACUCUUAGCCCUUCUACAUAUUUUCAAUCAACUUGAAUUAGAACAUCAGGAUGCAAAGAAAGCAGCUAAUUUGAUUAUGAUACUAUAUAAAAUUGUUGAUACUAAAGAUUUAAAUUUUAUUAUAAAUAAUUUAAGUUUACAAUUAGAGCAGCAUUUUCAUCCUUUUUCGCAAAAAAAAAUUUUGUUUCCGCCAGAGAUGUUUCGAAGUACGCCACUGGAGGAAAUUAUUUACACUCCUGUUUUUUGACCUGUUGCUAAAGUGCGUUGUUUUUGACAAUAAAAACAUGACACUUUUUCUUUGUGAUAUCGCGAAAGAUAAUAAAUUUCUUUGCCUAGUAAGCCCAAGUUAAAGGCACAAUGUAAAUUUUAUAAAAACAUUGCAAAAAACGUAAAAUUCCGAUGUCUUUGAAAAAUUGGAAUAACUCUGGAAAUAAUUAGCAUUUUUUAAAGUUCUUGUGCUUAUUUUAAAUGUAAGUGUCCAUAGUAUUUUGCUAAAUUUUUAAGAUAUUUAUAGACAUUUUUCUCCUAGAUUCUGUCCUAGGGCUAAACUUGAUGCCAAAAAGUCGCAAAAUUUCCACAAUGUUAUCGUUUUGAAUUUUUGUAAAUCAUGUGAGUAUGAUUAUUUAAAGUUUGGCGACUUUUUACACCACGUUCGACCCUAAGGCAGAACCUAGAGAAAACAUUCUAAAAAUAUUUUCCUUUAAUGUCUUUUUAUAAAAUUGAUAUUUUCCCCUCAACUUAGGCUUAUUAGAUGCAGAGUUUGACUACCUUUUACAAUAUAAUGAUGAAAUUUGUUUAUGUUAGUAUAAAAAUGCAUGCACUUAGGAAACAGCUCAAGAAGUAGGCGUUUAGAUAAUUUCGGUCGGUACUGUAGCUUAUCCGACAUUCUGAAUAAAAAAAAAUGUCAUUGUCUAAAAUUUAACUCUUUUAUAAGUAAUUUAAAUAAACAAAUAUACCAUUUUGAUCCUCUCUGCUCAGAAAAAAUUCAUUGCCGUCUAAUAUGUAUAGAAUUACUUUCGCAGACAUAAUUAUCUCCAGAUAAUGGUUAAACCUUAAAAUUUAGGUUUGUUAUAAAUAAGUUAACUUAGCAAAGAGAAAAGUUUAAUCCUUUUUUCUCGGAAAAUAUUCUUUUACACCGUAUACGUAUCGAGAUAGCUUAACAAAAUGAUUAGAAUUAAGAAAAAUCUGGAUUUCAGUAACUCUGAAAAGCUAUUUUCAAUAUUUAAAUAUUAUAAUAGGUUCAAUAUUUUGUUACUUUGUAAGUAUCAUAAGCUACUUAGUUACAUAUUAGACAGACAAAAUUUUGUUUCACGAAAAAUUAUUAAAGUUCUAUAUUUGUUUAUUUAAAUUUUGUAUAAUAAAGAUAAUUGUUAAGUGUUGAAUUGAAUACUUUUUCAUUUUAAAAUAAAACCAGCCAAUUGGUCAAUAAUCAAAGGCUGUACUCUUCGAAUAGUAAAUUCGAUAUAAGCAUCACUGAGCGGCUCCCAAAUCAGUUUGUGAAUGUGACGUAUAGUAACGCUGUAAUAUUAAUCUCAGUGUCGGUUGUAAAAGACAAAAUUAGUGGAGAUGCGAGUUGACAAUUAAUGUAGAUCCAAGAAGUCAAUUUAUAGAUUUAAGCGUUGCAAAGUUCGAUAAAGCUUAUAAAAGCGCAUUUGUAUUUUAUUCAACAAUUUCAAAGCGUUUAAACGAAAAUUCGAGUUUCAGCGUUUCUAGGUCUAAACGGUUCCAAGUUAAACGCUUUUAAAUUAAAACGCUUUCAAGUCUAGAGUUCUUGAAGCGAGAAUAAUUGAGAAUUUUCGAACUCCAUUGAAAUCUGACCUUUUGGAUCUUCCUUUUUAUUUUGUAAAUAGACGAACAAAUUUGUGAAAUUUGUUUUAGGGAUGGGGCUGAUUACAAUUCGCAUCGCCUCUGUGAUUUGGGUCGAUUGAAUGUUGAAUGUGGCGUACGCGCGGGGGACUGAACGAAGAUCGGUACAAGAUACUACCAAACCUCUGUGUGUUCGUUGCGAAUUAAUGUUACGAGAUUUUGUAAGAAACGUCUUUUGUAUUUAGGAAAGAUUUCUACUCAAGUGUUCACUGUUGUUCAUGAAAGACGUAGCAACGGGCAAAAAUCGUACAGACAUUUGAGCUAGUUCAGAGAAAAAUGUUUAAGCUUAGCACGAAAAUCGACAAGAAAUGGGAUGUCGGGUAUUUUAGGAACGGUGUCGAAAUUUUGGAACGUACUUGAUAUUUUGGUAUUAUCGAUGUUGUCGGGAAUGCGUUGAUUUUUUCUAACCUCAUUUCUUUACUUUCUUUUCCGAAAGUCGUUUACUUGCUUCAUACCAAAUUGUCGAUAUUAUUGGCAAUCGUCCAAGUAGCGAAUUUUUGUUCAGCAUUAUUCUAUUAUAAAUAUCGAUAUUUAUUUCGCCAGGGAAUGAACUUGUCGAGAAAUCGAAUUGAUCGGACGUGAACGGAAUAUCCAAAGUUUAAUUAAUUUAUCGCUGAUUAAGUAGGGCUUAAUUUUUGAGCGACGCGUUUUAUUGCAUGAGCAUAUAGAGAAGAAUGAAGAGAACGAGUCCUUGUCCGAAGAAAAUUCCCCUUUAAAAAGAUGUCAGAAUUUUAGUGAGUCGGAAAAUUGUACUCGUAAUGCAAUAACAAUGGUUGUCUUCUUGUAUAUGAUAUUUUUCUCGUGUUCGUCAUCUUUUUGAAGGGAAAUGUUUGUAAAACUUUUACCGAUAGGAUAAUAUUAAUGAUAAUACUUGGAGUGGCAAGUUUUGUGAGUAUAGGGAAUCAUUGUAAUAUAAUUAAUUAAAUCUUGUAAUUAGCUUUCGCAUUAAACGGCGAGAUCGAAUGAAACUUUUAUUAAGAAGUCGAAUACAGAGUCGUCAAUCAUGUUAAUGGUAUUUUAUUCUCACGAUCAAAACGAGUACCUACCUAUUGCCACUUUUCACUUUUUCACAAUCCAUUCAUCACUGCAAUGCUUUAGUUUCGUUGCAUUUAAGAUCAUUCUUCUCUGAUUCACAGGGCGUUUAUAUCAGCAUAUUUACCAGGGUGUCUUUUUCAAUACCCAUAGAGAUUGAAUGAACGUAUUUUGUAAUAUAAAUUUCCGUCUUUUGAUAAAAAGUCAUUGACAAGGAUUGUCGUAUUAAGUAGCAGUUUAACAUUUCUAUGAAACCAGGGAAAUUGUGGUAGUUUAAAUACUAAAUUGCAGAGAAAGGUUACGUUAUAAACCUGGUUUUAUUGUGUUAUAUGAUGAACUUGUUUUUGAGCGUUGAUUUUAUAAUUUAAAGAAUAAUCCGUAAAUUAUAUGAAUAAACAAAAAUAGUACCAUA